ACGAAAUGAAAUACAACUCUGCCAUUAAUUCGACAUUUUGGUCACGACAUCUGAUAUUGUGCGUGAUGUUCGUGACACUCAUGACGUGACAACGUAAAAAGUGGUGACUGGUGGUUGAUGCAUUAUUUGUAUGUAAAUACAAAAAAAAGUUAAAAAGAAAAAACUUAAAACUAACCAUCCAGAAAGAAUACAAAAACUUCUGGCAAACAGAAUAAAAAUAUACCAAAUAAACUUAAACAACAGCUAAAUGAUUAGGCGAGUUAAAAAAACAACAAAUGAACAAUUUGAUUUGUUAAAGGCUGAAAUGGCUGUGCAUCCGGCAGCAGCGCGAGGCUAUGGUGUGGGUGCCCAAAGAGCCGUAGUCGAUGCUGAGUGGAAAGAUAUUGUGGAUAAAUUAAAUGCCCUAGGACCGCCUGAACGUACCAUGACGGAAUGGAAAAAGGUCCGGUCCGAUUUACGCUUACGCAUUGAAAAGCAAAAAGCGAAAAAACCCAAAAAGCUCAAAAAACCUAAAAAAGAACCAAAACAUGUCGAAGAAGAUAACCUAAUGGAAGCCUUAAAUAGUUCAAUCUCUAUUUAUGGGACACAUAUAGAUCACAGUGACAAUGAACAAAUUGAAGACGCGAUAAAAGAGGAGGAGACUUACGAAGUUUUUGAAGCAGAUGAAGAAGAAGACCAUAACCUUAUUGAAAAAACUAGUAUUACUUAUAAAACAUACCCUGAAACUCCUGAAAUAUUGCAAGAUGUGGAACAAACAGUAGUUACAGUACAAAAUCAGUUGGAGAAACAGGAACAGUUAAUGGAUAAUUUGUUAAAAGUAAGCUCAAAUAUAGCAACAUUAAUGCAAAGACAUUUAAAGGCAGUGGAAAGAAAAACCUCUAUAAUGGAGAGGCAAUUGAAAUUGAACAAAUAUCAUAAUGUAUUUUUGCGGCGAAAGGAAGCUAAAAAAUUUAAGAAAUUUAAUAAUGGUGUCUGGUCCGAUCUACGUUUGCGUAGUAUAAAACGUCUCAGCGAUGAAUUCACACCUAAGCCGAGAAAAACUAAAUACAAAUCAAAAAAGGAUAAACUUCUCGAAACCCUAAAUAGUUCUGAAUCCAUUUAUGCUUCCUAUGGCGAAAAUACCGAACAUAAACCCUACUUAUCUCCCUCUAACAUCCAUGACGAAUCUCAUAAUGAUGCCGAUGAAUCGUAUGACAAUCCCCUCCAUGAAGAUGAUGAUUUGCAUAAUACUGAAAAACAUUUUUUUAAGACAUCUAAUGACACCUGCUAUGCUAUUAAUUCUCUGCAAGAAGAAGAGGAUAUUUAUCACAACAAUUCCAAUAGUUAUAAUUCCGAAUGUCUGUCACAGCGUGACGCCGUACAUAACCAAUUAAGUCAGGAUAAAUUAAAUUACUUGGGUCAGACACUCUCUAACAUAGAGCAUCAAAUGAAGAAUCAAAAUAAAAUUAUGGAACAUCUAACGAAAAUCACCUCAAAUUUGGCCGAGUUAAUGGAGAGGCAAGUUAUGAGUAUGGAGAAGCAAAACGAUAUAAUGGAAAGACAGUUGCGGGCAACGAAAUGUCAUAAUGUGUUUUUAAGGCGACAAGAGGCUACCAGAAAAAUGCGAAGUAAAAGUAAAGUUAGCAAAGUAAUGAAAAAAUCUUAGCUAUAUUAAGUUAUAUGGUUACAUAAAUAGGGAUAAAUACUUUUUGUAUGCAAUGUUUUAAAAAUACCACAUAUUUUAUUUCAAAAUUUAUUAAUAAAUUUGUAUGUUAAAUGAAAAUAAAUAAAA